AAGCAAUCCUCCUUUCUUUCAGUCAGAGUGCUCAUGAGCCAGCCCCAGACCCAGAAAGGAUGUUUUCCCUGAGUAUCGCCUGUCUGGUCCUGAGUGUGGUCGGCACAGUUUGGACCACAGACACAGAGGGAGGUGAGUUUUUAGCAGGAGGAGGAGGCGUGCGUGGUCCAAGAAUUGUGGAUAGGCCAACAUCUCACUGCAAAGAGUCAGACUGGCCCUUCUGCUCUGAUGAGGACUGGAACCACAAAUGCCCUUCUGGCUGCAGAAUGAAAGGAUUGAUUGAUGAAGUCAAUCAGGAUUUUACAAACAGAAUAAAUAAGCUCAAAAAUUCACUAUUUGACUUUCAAAAGAACAACAAGGAUUCAAAUUCACUGACCCGGAAUAUAAUGGAAUAUUUGAGAGGCGACUUCGCCAACGCCAAUAACUAUGAUAACACAUAUAAUCAAGUGUCAGAAGACCUGAGACGUAGAAUUGAGAUUCUGAAGCGCAAAGUCAUAGAGAAAGCACAACAAAUUCAACUUCUGCAGAACAAUGUCAGGGAUCAGCUGGUAGAGAUGAAGCGCCUGGAGGUGGACAUUGACAUUAAGAUCCGCUCUUGCAAAGGGUCCUGCAGCAGGGGUGUAGUCCAUGAGCUGGAUCUAAAGGAUUACGAAAACCAACAGAAGCAGCUUCAGCAGGUCAUUGGCAAAGACUUACUCCCCUCAGGAGAGAGGCAGUACCUGCCAAUGAUAAAAAUGAGUCCGGUUUCUGACUUGGUUCCUGGACAUUACAAGAGCCAGCUUCAGGAGGCCCCUCCAGAGUGGAAGGCAUUGACAGAAAUGAAGCAGAUGAGGAUGGAGCUGGAGAGGCCUGGCUGGGGUGGAACGACUGGAGGCAACUCUGCAACACGUGGACAGGGAUCAGAGGCAGAAAACCCUGGGAACCCUGGACCUGAUGGUGCAGGACAUUGGCCUCCUGGGAGCACUAGGCCAGGAAGUGAUAGAAAUCAGAACCCAGGAACCACAGGAUCUGAUGGUGCAGGACAUUGGCGUCCUGGGAGCACUGGGCCUGGAAGUGAUAGAAAUCAGAACCUGGGGACCACAGGAUCUGAUGGUACGGGACACUGGAGUUCUGGGACCUCUGGAUCGGUGCAUGGUGGAAAUUGGAAUUCCGGAAGUUCUGGACCUGGAAGUUAUAGGCCAGAUAGCACCAGCUCUGGGAGCACCAAGCCUAGCAACCCUAAAUGGGGUGAAUUUUCAGAGUACCACACAGGUAAAUCUGUCACUUCUAAAGGUGACAAAGAGCUCAUGAUUGGGAAUGAGAAGGUUACCUCUACUGGCUCAAGUACCACCACACGUCAUUCAUGCUCAAAAACUGUCACCAAGACUGUGACAGGUUCUGAUGGUCGCCGAGAAGUGGUAAAAGAAGUGAUCACCUCCGAUGAUGGCUCUGAUUGUGGUGAUGCCAUUGACUUAGACUUGACGCACAGUUUUGGUGGCAGGCUAGGCGAACUGGCCCAGAGAUUCCCUGAGCAUGCUGGUUUCUUCGACACUUCUUUGAGUUCACUCUCACCUGACAUCAAAGAGUUUGGCAGUAAGACCCACGUUGAUUCUGGCUUCUUCACAGACAUAGAGGACACUCGCUCCCAUGUACCUGCAUUCUCUUCUAGUAGUAAAACCUCAUCUGUCAGAAAACAGCAUGUAACCAAGAGCUACAAAAUGGCAGAUGAGGCGGGAAUGGAAGCUGGUCCUGAAAGCCUUGGAGACCUGCACACCACCACCAAGAGAGGCGGUGCUAAAUCGCGCACAUCCAGAGACUGUGAUGAUGCCCUCCAAACACAUCCUUCAGGUACCCAAAGUGGCAUUUUCAAUAUCAAGCUACCUGGAUCCAGUAAGAUUUUUUCUGUUUAUUGCGAUCAAGAGACCAGUUUGGGAGGAUGGCUUUUGAUCCAGCAAAGAAUGGAUGGAUCACUGAAUUUUAACCGGACCUGGCAAGACUACAAGAGAGGUUUUGGCAGCCUGAGUGACAAGGGGGAAGGGGAAUUCUGGCUAGGCAAUGACUACCUCCACCGUCUCACUCUGAGGGGCUCUGUCCUCAGGGUUGAAUUAGAGGACUGGACUGGGAAAGGGGCUUAUGCAGAGUACCACUUCCGGGUAGGUUCUGAGGCUGAGGGCUAUGCCCUGCAGGUCUCCGACUACCAGGGCACCGCUGGGGAUGCUCUGAUAGAAGGUUCUGUGGAGGAUGGAGCAGAGUACACAUCUCACAGCAACAUGCAGUUCAGUACCUUUGACAGGGAUGUAGACCAAUGGGAAGAGAACUGUGCAGAGGUCUACGGAGGAGGCUGGUGGUACAACAGCUGUCAGGCCGCCAACCUCAACGGUAUCUACUACCCUGGGGGUACCUAUGACCCCAGGGACAACAGCCCUUAUGAGAUAGAGAAUGGGGUGGUCUGGGUCCCCUUCAGGGGAGCAGAUUAUUCUCUCAGGGCUGUUCGAAUGAAAAUCAGGCCCCUGGUGGGCCAGUAGGCCGGAGCAGCAGGGUGUGAGGGCUUGAUGAUCUUGUUCAGCAAAGUGGAAAGAUAGUAAGGACAAUGAAGGAGUCAAGAUUCUUUCCAGCUUUGAAAAAAUUCCCAGGUGCUAGUUUAUUAUUCUUUGUACUGUAGCUAAACGCAACUGAGACGUAUUACUAUUUUGAAAAAUAAAAGUAUACAUUUUUAAACCUUAAA